GAGUGUUUGGCGCUUCACAGCGGGUGGUUGCUCCUUCUUCUCUUCUUCUCUUCUUCUUCUUGGACUCGCAUUUCUCCAAUCCCUCGAAGACUGAAAGGUUCAGAGCUAUAGCGACGGGGAUUGAAGAAUAAUGCCAGCCACAACUCUUUCACACUUCACAUUUCAUCCACCUCCACUCUCUUCAUCUCCCAAAUCCGUAGCUACUUGUUUGGUUUCUCUUAACUCCCCUUGUAGGAACCUCUCGUUUCAUGAUUCUGUUCCCGUUCUUUCCAGGUUUUCAAGCUGUUGGCGGGCAACAACUCGCAAAAAUUGGUAUUGGCGCAGAUCAGAAGUGGUUUCAAAAUAUUAUGAUCGCCAAGAACUUUGUCAUCAUGACUACAGUAGCCGUGAGUUAUCUACAAAAUCAAUAACUGUUCUGGAUAAUUGUUGUGCACCUGAAAGGUCAUUAGCAAAGUACAGCUCAGCAGAGGGAAUCCAUGAAAAUACAGAUAGCCAAAAUUCUAGCACUAUAGUCAGCAGUUCAUUUCUGAAAUUUAUGCUCCUGUCUGGGUUCUUCAUACUUCAAGACUCUCAGCAGGCAUUAGCUGGUUCAGAUGUUGCUACUGGGUUGCAGUCAGUCCCACCUCUUGGAGACCUUGGUGAUAUUAGCACAGGUUUUGCUUCAGCAUUUUUGCUAAUCUUUUUUUCAGAACUAGGGGACAAGACCUUUUUCAUUGCAGCUCUUCUAGCAGCUAGGAACUCUGCUGCUACUGUUUUUACUGGAACUUUUGGUGCACUUGCGGCAAUGACCAUCAUAUCUGUUGUUCUCGGACGAACUUUUCACUAUGUUGAUGAGAUUCUUCCAUUCAGGCUUGGUGAUAGUGAUUUACCCGUUGAUGAUAUUGCAGCUGUCUGUCUCUUGGUGUAUUUUGGGGUAACAACAUUGGUUGAUGCCAGCUCAAGCGAUGGACUAAAGGCUGAAGAUGAGCAGAAGGAGGCAGAGUUAGCUGUCUCAAAGUUCUCAGGAAAUGGUGCUGGGAUAUUAGCUGCUGCCAGUACUGUCGUCAGCACCUUUGCAUUAGUGUUUGUAGCUGAGUGGGGUGACAAGUCAUUUUUCUCUACAAUUGCCCUUGCUGCUGCUGCUUCUCCCCUUGGAGUCAUUGGAGGUGCACUAGCUGGUCAUGGUGUUGCUACAUUGCUUGCAGUUCUAGGAGGUUCUUUGCUAGGGACAUUUUUAUCAGAAAAGAUUAUUGCAUACGUUGGAGGUGUUCUUUUUCUUGUCUUUGCUGCCGUAACUUUAGUCGAGAUCGUAAACUAGGAACUGUCAAGUGUGAACAGAGGAGAAAAAGUUCAAUCAGAUCAUAUUAAAGUUAAGAAGUCUCAGAAUCUAAAGGUUGUGUGGCUUUAGACUUGUUAUCCUUAUUGGAUGAGACAACGAGAGGUUGGCCAUAUUUCCUGCAUGUUUUAAGAACUAUAUUUGGUAAA